CUCUAUUUGACACAUUGCAACGGUAUUGUUAUGUAUAGUUGCUAACACGUCAAUUUGUGCUUUUUCGACACAAUGCAUACUGGACGCAUCUUUAUUGCUGUCCUUGUCAUAGGACUGGCACUAUUAGUUUCUGAGAGUUAUGCUGGCAAGGGUGGAGGAAAGGGCAAGAAAAAGAUGUGCAAGCCCUGCAAAUCCAAAUGCAAUUAUGGAAAACGCUGCAAGAAAAUCUGCAAUCUGAAACCGGGAACUAAAUGUGACGACAAGUGUUGGAAGAAUUGUAUGAAAAAAUCUAAACCGAUGCCCGAUGAACUCCAAUAUUGCAUGGAUAAAUGUAGAAUUCCACCCACCCCUCCUCCGACCACAACUCCAAGGCCAACCCGAAAAUGUAGAUGGAGCGAAUAUGGCGAGGAGAAACUUGGCCAAUGUUCUGCAACUUGUGGAGGUGGCAUAAGAACAGUGACACGUAUAAGAUACAAGUUGUAUGGCUAUGCAGAGACCGGGGACCGAAAUUGCUAUGGUUCGAACACUGAUGUGAGAACCCAAUCAUGUAAUAUUCAGCCAUGUUGGGGGCCUCCGCCACCUCCACCUCCUCAACCUACCCCGCCUCCCAUUAUAGGGAAAAAAUGUAGAUGGAGCGAAUAUGGUGCGGAGAAACGUGGCCAAUGUUCUGCAAGUUGUGGGGGUGGCAUGUUAACAGUGACACGUAAACGGACUAAGUUAUAUGGCUAUGCAGAGACUGGGGACACAUAUUGCUAUGGCUCGGACACUGUUGUUGUGAGAACCCAGUUGUGUAAUAUUCAGCCGUGCUGGGAGCCCCCGCCACCUACACCUCCUCCAACUUACCCGCCUCCCGUCAUAAAUUGCUACUGGGGAGGUUGGACCGAAUGUGUAUACGGUACUUGUGUUAGGAACCAAUUACCUGCUGAUGCGACAUGUCGAAUUCAUGGUAUUUCAAAAUGUCAAAGAACCCGUCAUUGCCAUUGCACUGGAAAACGAACUGGUGUCGCAACUUAUCAUCAAUGCGCAGGUCUUUCGAUCGAAUAUAAACACAAACCAUGCUGCUAUAGCCACCAUUACUGCUACUGGGGAGAUUGGACUGAAUGGGUAUACGGUACUUGCGUUAUGAGUCAUUCAGCUGCUACUACGGA